AAUAUUUUCCUGGGGAGUUGAUAACUUCUAUUAGUUAUUCGCUUUCAUCAGCUAGUCAAUAUCAUAUCUCCCAAAUGUCAUUCUUUUCGUCACGACUUUUGACUGUUUCAAGACCAUUAGCACAACCAGCAUUACACAACGCUCGUCGUCAAAUAGCCUCUUCCAUUAAAUCCAAAACAGUUGUGGUUGAGCGAGAGUUACCUCAAGUCAGUUCCCCUUUGAGAAAGCGUUGGAUAUGGACAGGUGCGGGUGUUGGUGCAGUUGUUUGGGCAGUAGGUCUAGGUGCUGCUAUGAAUCACCAGCGUUUAUCUAGUAGUGUUGUGCAUGGCACGCUGUUCAUGGUACGUUAUGAUCCUCGAGUCAUUGAGUUAUUGGGCGAUCACGUCGAUUAUGCACGAUCGUGGCCCUGGAUUAGCGGUUCUGUGAAUCACUUGAAGGGUAAAAUUGAUAUUGGGUUUGAUGUAAAAGGUUCCUCGGGCGAAACUGCUAGAGUUCAUUUCAUUUCGAGACGUACAGGUCAUAAAUGGACAACGGUAGAAUUCACGGUCGCUCGCCAUUCAGAUAAUAAAUCAAUAGACAUUGGGCACCAACCUCUAACCGAAACAGGCGAGCCAUCUUUGCUUACGACAACAGAUUAGUUAAAAUUGGUUCAAAGAACGCUAUCAUUUCAUCAUGUUUGUGCGUUAGGAAAGUUUUCUUUUUUUCGCAUGGAUGUAAAAGUACCUUGUUUAUUAUCAUGUGUUUGACUAUAUCGACUCUCUUUGCAAUACAAAUGUGCAAAAGGAGCAUUUGUUAUAAACUCUAAAAAAAACCGCAUCAGAACUGCUUUAUAUC